UACUUGGCUUGGGCGCAGAUAAGAAGGGUCUCUCAACGCUAAAACAUCGCUUCUUAGAAGAAUGCUUUGAAAGGGGAUGACAUUCAACUGUAAAAACAUAAAUGCAAGACUGUAGUGAGGAAAAGUGAGCACAAUCAUUUUAUACCUUAUUGAUUCAUUUUUCGGUUUACGUUGUGACCAAAGUCAACAGAGACGGGCGGAACAGCAUACUACGAUGGUGCUCCAGCCGCGUUGCGACUCCAGUAACAACUCAGCUGAUCUUCAAGUGGGAUCGACUUGCCUCUGCUUGGGCAAAGACGUAAGAAAGAAACGUAUAAUUCCGCCAAGAACAAAGAAGUUCAACGGCCUCCUUAACGUUUCUCCUCAAACGAAAAUAUUAAGCAGAAUGCCGAACAUAAAAAUAUUUUCAGGAUCUUCUCACAAAGAUCUGGCACAGAGAAUUGUGGACAGACUGGGCAUUGAUCUUGGCAAAGUGGUCGCCAAGAAGUUUUCCAACUUAGAAACCAGUGUUGAGAUUGGAGAGAGUGUGCGUGGUGAAGAUGUAUACAUUGUACAAUCUGGCUGUGGAGAGAUCAAUGACAAUCUCAUGGAGAUGCUCAUUAUGAUCAAUGCCUGCAAGAUUGCAUCUGCUGCUCGAGUUACUGCAGUCAUUCCAUGUUUUCCAUAUGCUCGUCAGGACAAGAAAGACAAGGUCGCGUCUCGAGCGCCGAUCUCCGCAAAGCUUGUAGCCAACAUGCUCUCCGUGGCGGGCGCUGACCACAUCAUCACCAUGGAUUUGCAUGCUUCACAAAUCCAGGGCUUCUUUGACAUUCCUGUGGACAACCUCUACGCUGAGCCUGCUGUUCUCAAAUGGAUCAAGGAGAACAUCUCUGACUGGAAAAACAGCAUCAUUGUCUCGCCUGAUGCUGGUGGUGCUAAAAGAGUGACCUCCAUAGCCGACCGCCUGAAUGUAGAGUUUGCACUCAUCCACAAGGAGCGCAAGAAAGUUAAUGAGGUGGCCUCCAUGGUGCUGGUGGGCGACGUGAAGGACAAGAUUGCCAUAUUGGUGGACGACAUGGCCGACACAUGCGGCACCAUCUGCCAUGCUGCUGACAAGCUGCUGGCAGCAGGUGCGAUGAAGGUGUACGCCAUCUUGACGCACGGCAUCUUCUCGGGACCCGCCGUGUCCCGUAUAAACAACGCCUGCUUCGAUGCCGUCGUUGUCACCAACACCAUCCCGCAGGACGAACACAUGAAAGAGUCCGGCAAGAUCCAGCUCAUCGACAUCUCCAACAUCCUGGCCGAGGCCAUCAGACGAACACACAAUGGAGAGAGCGUCUCCUUCCUAUUCAAUUCUGUGCCCUUAUAGUGUCUGAAGCACGGAGUUUUCUUCAAGCGGCAACGCGAGGCAUGCGCCACACUCGAGAAAUAUUCUGAGCCUUCCCUAAGAUCUUAUAGUUUGUUUUAAGAAUUUUAUCGUUCUCAGUAGGGGAAGCUGGACGAAACAUUGCCAUUAAACGGGAAUAUUUCUCAUUUACCUCUAAUAGGUUUCAUUUGGUAUUACUGAACUUAAUCGACUGUCCCUAUUUCCGUAUUAUAUUUGGAAACCCAUUUGCUCUAUGUAUGAAUAGAAUUUCCUUUUAUAACAUAAUGAAAACAGUUGAAUGAUUCGCUAAAAUUGGAAGAGUGAAAGACAAUCACUGGCUUGCCUUGUUCAGCAAUCGGUAAUGACGUGAGAUUGAGACUUCAUUCUUACGAAUCAAGGUUAUCGUAUCAGACGCAGGACAAUUUUUGGGUUGCGUUCAAUUAUACUGUAACAACAUUGAUUCUGAAAAGAGCAUUCUGUGAGACUUUUCAGUUUUCACGGCAUUGAAUGACAUAAGCUUAUAUGCAUUAUUGUUUCAUAGAUCAGUGCGCUGAUGAUAUAGUAUUGGCAGGGUCCUAUGACGAGCGAUGUAAACUAGUACGCUUUUGAAAUGCCGCCGCAAUGUUCCGAUGAUGUUGAGUCCAGAUGCUGAUACGGACAAUAACAUGGAGAGGGUGUCACUUCUCCACGGAGUCUGGACUGAAUAGAGAUGUUAGUGAUGGAGCGUUAAAUGGUACUGGUGUUGUAGGAGUAAGAUUGUAUUUGUAAUUCCUGUAACGCUGAAAAGGCGCUUAUAUGUAAUGUUCUCUUUUGGAAUUUUCAGUGAUUGUUGCUGGUGCAUAAAGGGAUGUUGUUUUUAUUGCUUGGUUGUAUGUGCUGGCAUAGUUUGUAUGGUAGAAUGCAUUAUACUUGUUAUGCUGUGGACCGCAUACAGAUCAAAUACAAUUCACUCGGCAUUUUUGGGAAUUAUUGUGUCUUUUGACGUUCCUCUCAGAUAGCGUCAGGCUGUAUAAUUUAGAAACUCUCUAUGAUUUUGUACAGCAGGUUGUUAGAUUUAUUUUGUGUCUCGCACUAAAUCUUGCCCAGUAUGAUAGGAGAACAAUCGUACAGCAUAAUUGGUUAUGAAGAGCUGGAUAAGAUCUGUCCCGGUCUAACUUGAUUUAAGGGAGCUGGUUAAGAGAUCAGUCCGAAGCAAUAAUUUACUUGGUCUGAUUAGGUGUCACGUACUUUAUUUUCAUAAGAUUUUUGUAAGAUCAGACACCAAUUCCAUUUUACUUCUUAUGUAGCUAGGUGAAAGAUUUUCCACGUGAGACGCAUCAAUGUUUAUGCGACCUGUCGGUUGUUUGACUUCAUUUGUUAUACUGUAUGUGA